GGCCGGGCAAGCCCGUCCUCCGCCUCCCGGCUCGCAGGCCCCAGCGCGCACCGCUCCGGGGCUCCGGAGGCGGCCUCUGGGGCGAUCAGGGGCGCGCGGGGCUGUGAGCGCGAGCCGGGGCCUCGCUCUCCCCGCCGGGGGUCGGCAGAGGGUGGGUCGCGGCCGCGCGAGGCGAAAGCAGCCGGAGGAAGGAGCGCUCGCCCGCCUCGCCGCCUCGCCGCCUCGCCGCCUCCCCGGCGCUCGCUCUCGGGACGCCUAGGUUUGCUGGCUGCUCCUCCCACCCGCGCCCGCCUCCUCGCUCGCCUGCUUGCUCGCUCGCCGGAGCUGGUUUCCUAGCCGUGCGGUGCGCCCGGACGAGCUCGGGGCAAGGGGCCCGGGGCCAGCGCGGAGCAGGGUGGGGGGCGGGGGUCGGGGCAGAGCGCAGCCGGCCGGGGAGGGGCCAUGUCUGGCGCGGGCGCAGCGGGGCCCGUCUACAGCAAGUGACCGAGCGGCGUGGACGGCCGCCUGCCCCCUCUGCCACCUGGGGAGGCGCGGAGCCUGGUGCCCGGAGCCCGCGAGCCGGCGCGAUGCACGUGCGCUCGCUGCGAGCCGCGGCGCCGCACAGCUUCGUGGCGCUCUGGGCGCCCCUGUUCCUGCUGCGCUCCGCCCUGGCCGACUUCAGCCUGGACAACGAGGUGCACUCCAGCUUCAUCCACCGGCGCCUCCGCAGCCAGGAGCGGCGCGAGAUGCAGCGGGAGAUCCUCUCCAUCUUGGGCUUGCCGCACCGCCCGCGCCCCCACCUCCAGGGCAAGCACAACUCGGCGCCCAUGUUCAUGCUGGACUUGUACAAUGCCAUGGCGGUGGAGGAGGGCGGCGGGCCCGACGGCCAGGGCUUCUCCUACCCCUACAAGGCCGUCUUCAGCACCCAGGGCCCCCCUCUGGCCAGCCUGCAAGAUAGCCGCUUCCUCACCGACGCGGACAUGGUCAUGAGCUUCGUGAACCUCGGUGAGUGAGGGCAGGGCGGCCGUGAGCGUCUCCGGU